UCUGGCUGCUCCCAAAAUCUCUUCUUCCUCUUCUUCCUUUUAUCAUUUGCAGUGAAAAGACUCCAUCUUUCACCCUCUGCUGCUAAUCAAGAACCAAUUUUUUUCUAGAGAAAGAGGAUCCUCACAUUUUCCUGGAAGAUUUCUAAGUUAGAUGCGUGUGUCAUUUGGUUUGCUCGAGAAAUUCUUUUUCAGAGAAAAUUGGGAUGGUUUCCGUGAUGACCAUUGAAUUUUAAUUUUCUUUUAAGAAUGAUUCUCGGGUUGUUUUCCUUAUAUAAUUAUGAACAUUGAAUUUUUCAAGAUUGUGAUUCUUCACCGGUUUAUCUAAUAUUCUUUUAUCAUUCUCUAAGUUGAAAGGAUUAGAAAUGCCGGAAUCCAGAGACAGAUUGUCGAGGGCCAUUGACAUCGCUGCCUUAUUUGCCCGUAGAAGGUCAGGGAUUCUUGGAGUUUAUGAAGACCAACCUGACCUCGAAAGAGCCCUGUUUGGGUCUCCGGUUCGUCCACCAAUGGUAGCUACCCGUACUGGAGCAGUUGGUAUGAGUCCUAUUGGCCAUGGAAGGGGCGGUUUGGGCACUCCAAGAGGCCAGACUGGGCGUGGCCGGAAUAUUUACAGAACGCCGGCAAUAGGCAGAGAGAACACGCCAAUUGGAAGUGCAAGGCGGGGAAAUAGCAGGGGAAGGGGUCGUGCCUCGAACAGUGCGUUACCUUCUUGGUACCCGAGAACCCCUCUUCGAGAUAUCACUGCAAUUGUCAGGGCAAUUGAAAGAAGGGAACGUUUGGGAGCAGACAGGGCCCAAGAAAUUGAGAGCCCAGUGCCGCACGCUUAUGGAGUUCUUGACUCAUCUGAACCAUCAUCAGUUGCUCAUCUCGAGCACAGUAACACUAUCAUGUCUCCAAUUCCAAGUCUUCAAGUGAAGCGAUGUCCUCCUACAGUCGGCAAAAUUCCAAAAAUUUUGCUUGAUAUUACUAAUCAAUCCUCUGAAGAUUCAGAUUUUCUUACACCUCAAAAGAAGCUCUUGAACUCAAUUGACACAGUUGAGAAAGAAGUGAUGGAGGAAUUGCGGAAACUGAAGAGAACAGCUAGUGCUAAGAAGGCAGAGAGAGAGAAAAAAGUCCGUACUCUUAUGUCAAUGCGGUAACUAAUCAUCUUCUGAUGAUAGUUCUGACUUUUACAGCCAAAAAAAAAAAAUGGCAGGUCAGUCAGUGGAAUAGGAAGGCAGGCCCUUGACGACACACCUGUGCUGUGAGAUUGAUCAUCUACUGGUGAUAGCUUGUGCACAUUGAGAUUACUCAUCUUCUGAUGAUAUAUCAUUUUUAGAGUUUUGAACUUCAGUAUUUUUAGCAUAGGGCUCUUCAUUUUUUGAUUUUUUACUGGGUUGCCUUUCACUUCUUGCUGAAGGCCGUGGUAUAUAAUGAGUAAGCAGUUUGCUAGCACUGAUCAUUGCUGAAGGUCUAGUGUAGAAUUGGUAGCAAUCUUUUUCAUGUUUCCUUCAUUCUGUUGAAGGUUUUUUCCUUGAUACCUUCUUUCUCUUGAAGGUUUUCUGAUGUACAUAAAGGCAAGAUUACAAAGCCUGCAUGCUACUUACGAGUUUUUGCUAA